AUGAGACAAAAUCACCUCGGUCGAGACCCUCCUGAGAUUCUGAGGAAGAGGGAUAAGAGAAACCCCAACCUCUACUGUGCAUACCACCAGGAUGUUGGGCACGAGACCGAGGAUUAUAACGAUUUGAAGAAAGAAAUCGAAAACUUGAUCAAGCAGGGAUACUUGAAGCAAUUCGUCCACAAGGAUGGAGGCUUCAAUCGAAACACCUCCCAUCGGAAAAAUCAAGGCCAUCGCCGAGAAGAUAGGCACGACACGAAGAGUCAUUGCCGUGGGCCUGAGAAUCAUGGGGAGGACCAAAGGCCUCCUCGAGACGGGUCCCCGAGUUACAGCCUUAACAUCGCGGGGGUCAUCAACACCAUUGCGGGUGGUCCGACAGGAGGAGACAGCCAGAACUCCCGGAAACGAAUCUAUCGUCAAGUCGGCAUGGAGACGGUUGAGCCGAACUCUAGGCUGUCCAAGGUGAUCACCUAUAGUCCCAGCAACCCCGUCCCUGCCGCCUCCAGCAACCAUGAGGCCCUCGUGAUUGAGGUUCUUACUAAUAAUUAUAUAGUCAAGAAGGUUUAUGUCGAUCCUCGCAGUUCAGUAGACGUCUUGUAUUAUCGAACCUUCGAAAGCCUGAAACUGAUCAGAGCGCAACUCACUCCUGUCAAGACCCCUCUAAUGGGAUUUGGGGGACACGUGGUCCACUCUGAAGGGAUGGUCUCCCUGAUGGUGACCAUCGACCGUAAUCCCCGCUGCCGGACCGUCCCUGUAAGUUUUGCCGUAGUCAAAAUCGACUCCUUAUACAACAUGUUGAUCGGUCAGCCCACACUCAAUGCUCUAAGGACAGUGUACUCCACCUACCACCUGAGUUUCAAGUUUCCAACACCUGCUGGGGUGGUCGAGGUGAGCAGCGAUGUGAACAUGGCUAAGGAGUGCUAUCUCACCACCAUAUAG